GGUGGUAAAGGCCAUCAUGUCACAGUUUUGUACUUGAUCUAGGAGCCAAUUUUCCAAAAAUUUGCGCUUUUAUUUUAUUAUUAUUAUUCAUUUAUUUAUUAUUGCGCAAAAGAUUUAUUUCUUAGUUACUAAACUAUGUAAUAAUAAAAUGGACAUGGCGUUCUUUACUUCCGGGGCAUAGAUUACUCUGAUAAAUAUGUUUCAACGAUAUUGAAUUAUAAAAAAAUAUAGAUCAUAAUUAAUGACAUGCACAAACUAAGUGCUGAGAAACGGAGGACGGCUUAAUAUUAGGGGGUAGGUGAUAAAGUGGGCUAAGCCAAAAAACGUUACCGACUUCAGAAAAAAUUAUGUGAAGGGUCCAAACAGAAGAGGCUGAGAGAAUUUUUUCUUUUAAAGUGUUUCUUGUGAAAGCUACAGACCUGCCUUAAUUUAUUAAGGGAUAAGAAAGACAAGAAAAAAAAACAAUUUAUUACGAAUUUAUGUCAUAUACUUGGUCUUCAGUUUAAAGUUCGUAUUAUGACCGGCCCAUGGAUUCUCGUUCAGAAGAAAAAUAUAUUCCUACUUGACAAUACAAAAGUAGAAAGCCAUCUUCCUUUGAUCCGAGUAGCAGAUGCCUGGAUGGACCCCUUUGUAAAUAUCCACUACUCAACCAGGAGACAUUGAAGAUAGGGAUCGGACUGAGAAGGAUAAAAGAGCGACUAAUCAGGCUAAUGCCGGAGGGAGCGCACGCGAUGGUGGGACGGCUCAGCGACCGCCCUGAUGGUCGUUGUGAAAACCGCAUCCUUCCUCAGUCAAGGCUUGAUUGCUUCUAUUUCCGAUGGGUCAACGCUUCCUUUAUCAGCAUCAGGGUCUCGACAAAUUACGGCUCUCUGCUGAGAUUUCCAUCAAUGCCAGAAGAAGAUGAGAGAUCAUCCGUGAAUUUGCUGGAAUCAAGUGCGGUGCGGAAAACGGUGCUUCUGUGUCAUUAUCUAAGCUGCUUAUUGUCAUAAUUUCUGUGACAUGCGACUUGCAUGACAUUUUAAUUUGCAUUAAAAAUAAAUACAUAUUGUGUCCAACAUAUAUUUUAAAAAAAAUUGCUAUUCCUCACAGAGUACAUAGUUACGGUCCUUCUUCACAUGAUAUGAUUUAUAAAACAUAUCACAAAUUUCAUAAAAAAGUUGGUAAAAAUGUUUCACUAUUCAAAAAUGCUGUUUGCUCAUUUAAAUUAGCAAACUAUAUUAGCAGAUAAAAGGAAUAACAGUUUAAGAAAAGAGAAUGCAGUAAUGUAUCCAUCCUAAAUAAGCAGUUCAGGUCAAAAACAAAAUACAGCUAAAAU